AUGGCGUUGUGGAUGGAGGAGGGUUCCUGUCCGACGACGGAGCAAGAGAGAGCCGACUUGGACGCCAUCGCCGCUCUCAAGGAGUCUGCUGCGAUCGAGCUCAAGGUAGCGACAGAGCAUCGGCCCUUGUGGGUCGGUUCUUCCGGCGAGUCCACGCAGAUGGGCAUCUGAAGAGGAAAUAAGCAGCACGAAGGACCGGGCUGAUGAUCGGCUUCAUUUUCUCUCGAUUUUAGGAGCAAGGAAAUCAGUAUGUGAAGAUGGGAAGGAAGCACUACGCUGAUGCUGUGAACUGCUACACCAGAGCCAUUGACCAGAAGGUGCUGGGUGACGCCGAGACGUCCGUCCUCUUUGCCAACCGCGCCCACGUCAAUUUACUCCUGGGAAACUAUCGGCGUGCUGUCAAAGAUGCAGAGCAGGCAAUCCAGCUCUCCCCGGGCAACGUGAAGGUACAGCCGUCUGGGUUUACCUGAUUUAUUCUCAGUUUUUCUGGGUAAGAAUUGCCGCGAUACCGUUUUCAUCAAAUGGAACCUAUCAGUUUUUUGUAUGGUAAUACAGCUGCACUCGUAAGUUAUCAAGUCAUUGUUCUUCUCACGCGUAAGGACACCCACCCCCCUCCCCCCCCUUUGCGCAGAUCAUGUGACCAUGGAAAGUAAUUAUAUUGGAUGCCCUUAUGAAUAAUUAGAUCAACCGUAUGAAUAACUGUAUUGGAUGAUGCCCUUUAUGUAUUGUAUGAGAUCAACCCAUGUGAAUAACUGGUUCUUGAUGCCCUUUGUGAAUAGAUCAACCAUAUGGAUAACUGUUUCUGGAUGCCCCUUAUGAGUAACUAUACACCCUUAGACCAUAUGAAAUUUAACCUAGCUCAAUUGAAAUGAAAUUUCCAAGGGGGGAUCAAGCCCGAUCAGAAAACGUCCACCUCUAGAGGUUUGACCUCGUUGGACUGUGAAUUUAAAAUGUACAUAGACAAGUUAGGUAUCCAAAAGGUCAUGACAUUUCUGUUCAUCGGUGUUAACUUUCAUUAUUUCAUCCAUUUCUGAUGAAUUGCUGCCUGCAGUCUCAAUCCAUUCUGAUGAAAACUUUGAAACUGUUAAUUUUGAAGUAGGCACACUAUCGAGCGGCCAAAGCAGCCUUCUCCUUGGAUCUUCUAAGUGAGGCGGCAUCGUUCUGUAAAGGCGGCCUGGAUCAGUUCCCUGGUAAUGACGACUUAAGGAAGCUGGGACUACAAAUCGAUUCGCGAAGGCAAGGACUAGAAGACCACAGGUUUCAAGUCUCACAGGCCGUGUCUGCAGCUAAGGUAGGAUGGGAUAUGAUAUGCUCGUAGACAUAAUUCAGGGCUUUGCUCUCUUAUGAAUGAAAAUUGUGCAGGAUCUUUCUGCGGCAAUUGAGAGGAGAAAUCUGAAGCUUGGGAAGGCGAUGUUCCAAGAGCUGACUGGACUGAGAAAACCCAUUAUCGAUGAAAACAGUGUUCUUCACUGGCCGGUUCUUCUCCUCUACGCAGAAGUCAUGUCGAGUGAUUUCAUCGAAGACUUCUGCGAGACGGACGUUUUCUCAGAACAUCUUGACCUGAUAUCCUUUUCAUCAUGGGAUCUUUCCACGAGAUUAAUCGGAUGUGACGAUCUUCAUUGACAUGCCAACUUGGUCUCCUUAAUUUUUCAAACAUGUUUUCAGGAAGCUGCCAGUCAUUACCCUGGGACAGUGAAUCUGCGUAUAGCCGCGAGGCGGUUGAAUUGUACUAUCAGGUAUGACUAUCUUCCGAGGAAGUUUUCUAUUUACAGGUCAUGCUCUCCAUGCGCACCUGUUGCAGCCGACUUAAAUGCUGAAGCGAUCCUAAUUCUCACUCUCAAUGUUGGGCUUUCUCUUUCUAACAGUACGCAUCAUCCUCUAUGAAUCAAACAUGGAGAGCAUUCGUUUUGGUUUAUCCAUCUCUGAAUUCUGCAAGCUUUCUGCGAGUGAAGCGGUUUCUUUUGAAUAGCUGACUGACGACGAACCGUGUUAUCUGUUUUUUAUUUUUUUGAUACAAUAUGUUAUGACUCAGAUUAUUGGCUGCAGCUUCUACUAGCUUCUCCAGCCCUGAACCCACUGCCGCUGACUUUUUUUUUUUUCUUUCUCUCCACAUUUAUCCACUCAUCAGGCUGGCUAUGGGAUUCCCAUGUCAAAGAAGGAAAUUCUGAGGAAUCUUUUGGAGGGUACUGCGGGUGCUCUUGCAGACGACAUUUUCGGUGAAGAGGGCAGCUCAAUGCACACAGACGAACACAUAAAUAGUGAGUGAUUUUCACUCAUGCUGGGUAUCAAAGCCUUGAUUAUUUCUUUGCCUUCUCCAUUGCUUACUAGUGAGUCCCGCAAUACCACGCUUUCAGGAUUUAUGUGGGGGUAUAGUGAGAGGUUGCUUUCUGCGAAUUAUCUCAUGCUCAGUGGACACAAUUGAGGACGAAUGGAAUCCAGAUGCUUUAGAUAUUUAUCUUUAUUAUAGCAUCAUAAUAUUCCUUCUCCGCCUUGAUCUUUCCGGUGGGAUCUUCCAUCUUCAGAUUAUUAGUCAACUUCCAUCUAAUUUCCUCAGGUGGAGAUGCUGGCAAAUGGAUCAAGGUCAAUGAGAAGAAAAUGCUCAGAGAUAUUCUCUGCCGACCAGAUUACAUCAUCCCCGGGAUCCCAGGUGGGUGGCUUCCAUUUCAUCAGCAAAGAAGAUAUAUAUAUGGGGUCAUCCUAGUUAGGCCAUUUAUGGCGCAGAAAUUGAAAUUGACUGCCCAUUUCUCUUCCUAGAUUUUCUCCCUAACCCUAUAUCUUCUGUCCAUAUGUCUGCAGCGUUCUUUGUUGUUUCCAAGCGGUCUUCUUUCUACAAGGAGUUCAAGGCCGGAAAGUGGACCCCUCCGUGA